AUGCUGAAGUUUGUGACGAAAGCGAUGGAUAUCAAGCUUCGAGGUGAAGCCGAUUUCAUGACUACUCUUGAAGAUCCAACCGAACUCUUGAAACGUAUUGAACCAUUCAUGAAGAAGAGUGCAGAUGCUGAGUAUGACUUCUUGGAUUUCUGGGAAGCCAAUCAAAAGUUCUUUGCUAUGAAGCAGGGAGCAACUGAAAACUUGAUGCAUUUCAAGGAACGAUUCUUGAGACAGGCUGAAGUCAUGCAAGAUCUAUAUGGCGUUGCCUGGUUCCAAAAUUUUGCAGUCAAGACGAAAGCGUAUGCUGCUAUUGCUAGCACCGAUACUACUGCUAGAGACAAGUUCAAGGAUGAUAUCUUUGAAGCAGUUCUUGCAACAGGAUUCCUGUCUCCGAAAUGUCCAGACAGACUGCUACCAGAGACUCAAUGGAAGCAUCCGAAACACUAUGUUGAUUAUGGGAAGAAGCUCAAUCUUAAUCAGAUUGGAGCAACUGUCCCAACUACAGCUACAGUUCCUGGACCUUCUCCAGCGACAAGUGUGAUCACAGGUGGAACAUUGAGUGUUGCGGGAAAUGUUAACACACCUUUGCAACUUGCUGGUACUACAGGUACUCAAAUGAUCCAAGUUCCUACAGGUAAUCAAAUGAUGCAAGUUCCUUCGGGAAUGCAGCUCAUGCAGAUUCCAACUCAAGGUGACGGCACUGUUACUGUCCCUUAUUCUAUGAAUGCUAACGGUGAGAUUGCGUUCAGUGGAAUGCAACUCAGCCAACAAGGCUUCUGUGGUGCUCAAGUGCGCCAAGGAUUCGAUGCAACUCAAGCUCGA